AUGCAGCACUAUGGGGUGAACGGCUACUCCCUACAUGCCAUGAACUCACUCAGCGCCAUGUACAACCUGCACCAGCAGGCAGCCCAGCAGGCCCAGCACGCCCCCGACUACCGGCCAUCAGUGCACGCGCUUACACUGGCUGAGCGCCUAGCCGGCUGUACAUUUCAAGACAUCAUCUUGGAGGCCCGCUAUGGCUCCCAGCACCGUAAACAACGUCGGAGUCGCACAGCGUUCACAGCCCAGCAGCUUGAGGCCCUGGAAAAGACCUUCCAGAAGACCCAUUACCCAGAUGUGGUGAUGCGUGAGAGGCUGGCCAUGUGUACCAAUCUUCCUGAGGCCCGUGUGCAGGUGUGGUUUAAGAACCGCAGGGCCAAGUUCCGAAAGAAGCAACGCAGCCUGCAGAAAGAACAGCUCCAGAAGCAGAAGGAGGCUGAGAGUUCCCACGGAGAAGGCAAGAUGGAGGCCCCAGCCUCAGACACACAGCUGGAAGCAGAACAGCCUCCCGGUCUGCCCAGUGGUGAUCCUCCUGCUGAACUUCAACUGAGCCUGUCAGAGCAGUCAGCCAGUGAGUCUGCCCCAGAAGAUCAGCUGGACCGUGAGGAGGACUCCCGGGCUGAGGAGCCCAAGGCGGAAAAGAGCCCUGGAUCUGACAGCAAGGUGCUGGGCUGCAAGAGGGGCAGCCCCAAGGCAGAUUCCCCAGGCAGCCUGGCCAUAACGCCUGCAGUCCCAGGGGGCAGCCUCCUUGGCCCUUCCCACUCCUACUCCUCCUCCCCACUCAGCCUCUUCCGUCUACAGGAGCAGUUCCGCCAGCACAUGGCGGCCACCAACAACCUGGUCCACUACUCAUCUUUUGAAGUGGGCGGUCCUGCACCUGCGGCGGCUGCAGCUGCGGCUGCUGCAGUGCCCUAUCUAGGGGUCAACAUGGCCCCACUGAGCUCCCUACACUGCCAGUCCUAUUACCAAUCCCUGUCAGCAGCUGCUGCUGCCCACCAGGGUGUGUGGGGGUCCCCAUUGCUGCCUGCGCCCCCCACAGGCCUGGCACCCGCCUCAGCUGCGCUGAACAGUAAAACCACGAGCAUUGAAAACCUUCGCCUCCGGGCCAAGCAGCACGCUGCCUCCCUGGGACUCGAUACACUCCCCAAUUGA